GUCUCCUCUCACUCCUUGUCUUCGUUUUACCUCUUUCUCUUUGUAUGUAUGAUGUUGAGGUUGUGGAAAUGGUAUCAGAAAUGUUUGGAUGUUCAUCCGGUUAAGACCCAGAUCAUCAGCUCCGGCUUUCUUUGGGGUGUUGGAGAUGUUGCGGCUCAAACCAUAACCCAUUCUACAAUGAAGAAACACCAUCUGAACUCUCAGGAUGCAGAUAAGGAUUUUAAAAUAAACUGGAAAAGAGUGGCUAUUACAAGCAUGUUUGGAUUUGGAUUUGUUGGACCAGUAGGUCAUUUCUGGUAUGAGGGCAUAGACCAAUUCAUAAGGUUGCGUCUUCAUCUACAACCUAAAUCGAUGCGGUUUGUCGCUACUAAAGUGGCCAUGGAUGGUAUAAUCUUCGGGCCUUUAGAUCUGUUUGUGUUUUUUUCGUAUAUGGGGCUUUCCAUGGGCAAGAGUAUUGAUCAAGUGAAGGUAGAUGUGAAGAGAGAUUUCCUCCCAGCCUUGAUUUUGGAGGGUGGUAUCUGGCCACUUGUUCAGGUUGCUAAUUUCCGAUUUGUUCCCGUGCGAUACCAACUUCUCUAUGUCAACCUCUUUUGUUUAGUAGACAGCGCUUUUUUAUCAUGGAUUGAACAGCAAGAGGAUGCUUCUUGGAAGCAGUGGAUUACAUCUUUUCUAUCCUUGGAAGAACAAGAAGAAGGCCAGGGCUGAUGAUGAUGUCUUCUGAUCAUCUCUUAUAAUCUUUCUCUCUCUGUCAGGUGAUUGAAAUGCAAAAAAUGUGCACCAAAAUAUUCAUGUGAUGUACAAAUAAUUUCGAAGGGACCCGGAAAUGCCAACAUGUGUUUUAAGGUUGGGAUUUGGGGGUAAGAUGUAAAACUAUUUUCAGGCUUUACAUAUUGAUUAGGCUAUUGCAUCAGACAGGGCCUGAAUACUGCAAU